AUGAACGACAUUAAAUACAAAGAAAGAUUUGUUGGUGAGAUGUCCAGUAGUAAAAGAUUUCCAUGUCAGAAAGAAGCAUGUGCUAUUCAAAAAUGCCUUCAAGGUAAACAAACUCUCGAAUUUUGUCUCAUAUCAAUCGUGUUGCACGAGAAGAAUACGGUAUGUCAAAAAAAUUCAAAGUUAAUUUUGUCAUUAACCUUAUUAAACUUAAGCUUAUCUUUAUGUCAAUUUUAUUCUGGCCUGAAACUCAAAUUGUUGAUUUAGUGGACCGCAAAAAUUCUUAUAUCGGAACAUCAUCUCAGGUAAUACCGGCUGGUAUCCAGGGUUCUGUUCAUACUAAUGGGUGUGCCAAGACUUCCAUUAUCUUGUUACAAGUGAAAUGAAAAUGGACCAAAAGUUUACAUUCAUACUAGCAUAAUGUUUUUCAAACAGUUUUCAACAGCCCAUACCUGGGGGGUGGGGGGGGGGGUACUCGAUAUAUCCUUGGGUGGGGAGGUGCGGCUCAGCCCCUCAUACCCUGACCCUGUUUAAGACAAAAAUCGCUGAUUUUCCCACCCUGUUUAAGACAGAAUUCCGAUAUUUGAUACCCAGUUUAAGACAUUCGUAGAACAUAAGCGCAGGCUGUUUAUCGUCUAAGAACAGGGUUAUGUGUUCCUGUCUAAGAAAAGAUACCCUGUUUAAGACAAAAAUUGAUAAAAUCAAUACCCUGUUUAAGACAAAAAUCCCGAAAAACAUACCCUGGCUGGCUGCACGUCCUCAUUAAGCCCUUAAAAGGAAGUACCCCCCCCCCCCCCGGGGGCCCAUACUAAACCAUCUAAAAAGCAUUUCUUGUAAUGCAAUUCCCUUUAUACUCCACUCAGUAUGAACCAAAAAUGAUUUAUAUCCCUUCACACCCAAUGGAGAGUUGUUGGAAAUCUGUUGGAAUUUCUAAAGGAAGGUAUGAACCAAAAUGGGAAUUUCCAGAGGGGGUUCAAACAAAGAGAAUCCUUUAUUGGGUUGGGGAGGGUGGUGGAGUAUGGAUAUUUUGUGGACCAGUAUGUUUUCCAUUCUUUUAUGUUCAAGAAAUGGAGAUAGCAGCCCCUUAAAUACAACAAUUGGUACAUUGUAAGCUCUUCUUAACAAACUAAUCAUUGAAUCAAAUGUGUCUCUUCAACCUUCACUACUAGAGUACAACUAUCAAGAAGAUAGAUGCCAGCAGGUGAUUGAGACAAUGAAGAAGUGCUGUUCCAGGAAUUCAGCGAUUAACACUGAACUGUGCUUGGGCUUCAAAACAGAGCUUGAAGAACAAAAACUGGUGGCAACCAACAAGAAAACUUAG